GUUCACACUGGGCUCGACAAGGUUCUUAAUCUUAGGCUCCCUUGGAACCAAGGACACAGAAUCUUUUUUGUCUUAGGUGAAUGAGAAUAUAUGUCAUUUCAGAAAUGGGUGACUUUCAAGGAUACAACCAUAGACUUUACCCCAGGAGGAGUGGGGUCAGCUGGAUUCUCCUCAAAAGGCUCUCUAUCGGGAGGUGAUGCUGGAGAACUACCAGAACCUUCUUGCCCUUGGGCCUCCACUGCACAGAUCAGACAUGAUCUCCCACCUGGCACGAGGCGAGGAGCCCUGGGAGGAGCACAGGAAGAUCCCAAGAGAGCUUCGUUCAGAGUGGAAGGCGGAGCCUGAGAUAAUGGAGGACAUUUACAAUACAGGGCUGUCUCAGGCUUUGAUUCUGAGGCAGCUGAAGAAGUCAAAUCAGAUGGCAGCCAGCCCAGGUAGUGUCCUGCCCCUUCUCCUCUGAUCAAGGCACUCCCACAGAACGCUCACCUGCCAGAUGCAGCAAGGGCAUCCAGUCCACAAAGGGACUGCCUUGGAACCACCAAAGAGCACAUCAACCCUCAGGAGAACCCUGGCAAUCUGCACAAGAGCAUAGACAGCAUGAGGUGGGCCCUGACACUGUGGAGAGCACGUCGGCAUGCAGCCAGUGCAGGAAGGUAUUCCUGCAGAGUUCGGCCCUGUCGCUGCACUUAUGCUGGCAAGGCAAAAGACCUUACAAAGGCCACGAGUACAGCAAAGCCUUCCCCUGGAGCGCCAACCUCGUGGAACAGCAGCGCAGCUACACCGGCGAGGAGCCCUUUUUCCGGCAGCAAGUGCGGCAACGCCUUUGGCGGCUACACGUGCCUCCGCGUGCACCAGCGGUCCACACGGGUGAGCAGCUCUACAAGCGUGGCACCUGCGAGAAAGCCCUCUGCUGCAGCUCGUGCACUCUGGGGUGCGACCCUACGCAUGCGCCGAGUGUGCCAAGGCCUUCAAUUAGAGCACUCACCUCACCCGCCACUCCUUGCUCACCGUGCACGAGAAGAUCCACCGUGGCGACAAGCCACCCCAAGUGUGGGAACUGCGCCAAGGCCUUCUACAGCCACGUGCGCCUUGCCCUCCACCAGAGGGCGCACACGGGCGACAAGCCCUUCAAAUACUGCAAGAGCACUGCCCCCUGGAGAACAAAUCUGUCAAUCAGGGUAACACCCACCGGUUAC